AUGGGUUGUAUUGUGAGUUCAGUAGCCUGCUGCUUUUGUUCAUCAGCAGCAAGUUUAUGCUGCGCUUGCUUACCAUCAUGCAAGAGUUCCACGUCCGCAAGAAUCAUGUUCAGUUUGAUUUUAAUCAUCACAACCGUGUUGUCAGCAAUCGCAUUGAUUCCAGAAGUACGCAAAGGCUUGGCCGAGAUUCCUGCUUUAUGCACACCUGGUUUAGAUUGUGACGCAAUCACAGGAUUCGGAGCGGUCUAUCGUCUUUGUUUUGCCACCACCAUGUUUUUUCUACUAUUCAGCCUCAUUAUGAUUCGUUUUGCUUACUCUUGGAACGAAAAUUGGGUUGAGCGUCUUGAAGAUACGGGAAAUAAAUGCUAUGCAGUCGGACUUCUGGGCAUGACUUUUCUUUUCUAUGCGUCAUCUUUGGUUGGAAUCGGCCUUCUGUAUCACUAUUAUGCCAGUGCUCCUGAGUGUGCACUGAACAAGGCCUUCGUGAGCUUGAACUUGAUAUUUUGUGUGAUCGUCAGCGUGGUGUCAGUUCUGCCAAAAGUUCGAGAACGACUUGCUACUUCUGGUCUGCUACAGGUGAGUAUUACAUCAAUCUGUUACGUGGUAUUUCUCACGUGGUCCGCUUUGACUAACUGGAGGGAUCCCAUAUGCAAUCCAACCAUCUCCUACGUACCCGACUCCAACAGCACUUCACCGGAUGCGCCAGUUCAGUUGAAAUUCGAUUGGCAUGUGGCUUUCGGUUUGAUCUUUUUGGUUUUCUCUGUACUGUUCUCUUCUUUUCGUUCAAGCUCACAUUCGUCAGUGGGCAAGUUCACUUUGUCGUCCACAACUGUGAACGAUAUUGGUCCAACGGUUGCCUCAAACUCGGAAGGAAAGCAAGUCGUAUGGGAUGACGAAGAGGAUGGAGUGACGUACGUGUACUCUGCAUUCCACUUCUUGAUGAUGCUGGCCACUCUGUACCUGAUGUUGUAUCUCACACAUGCACACUUAUGGCUUCAUUUAUGCUCUCAUUGGUGCUACUACACGCAUAUAUAUAAAUAA